AUGAACUACUGGCCUUACGGGCAGCAAGUCAAGUCUGAGCUCGCCCUCCCCACGACGGACUACCCGUGGGACUCCCCCAUCGAGAAGCCAGAAGACGGCCAAGACACACGAUCUCGCAGUCCUGCCAAUGUCGCCGGCGCCGGCGCCGCUGUUGCCUCCGGGAAGCGCACACCGGGCAUGUCCAUUGCUAAGCAACCUCGCCCGACUCUCGCUACCUGGUUUUUGCCGUCUCUGUUUCGAGCCUAUCAACAGGCACUCAAACAACAGACACUUGCUGCCGUUGCCCUCCCAACGGAGGCUCUCAUGAAGUUGAGCGAGAAGACGAGCGUUGCCGACAUGAUAGCACCUCUUUCACAGAUAGAAGCCAAUGUCAGCGGCGGCGGCAGUGGCGCCGGCACUAGUUCUGGUGACCUGUUUAGGAGAAGAAAUCGCGGAGAUUCUCUGUCAACCACCAACCUCCCAUGGACGACUAAGAUUUACAUUCUUGUGACUGCUGGCUAUCUGCUUCAGUACAGUGGCGAUGGAGUCAUUGACCGCAUGCCCGAAAAGGUGCUACGGCUCGGCAAGACGUCGGCCGCCUUUGCAACCGACAUGAUCCCCGGCCGCCAUUGGGUACUGCAGGUUUCUGCGACCGCAGAGGACGACGGGGCCUCUACAACCGACUCUCGAUCUCUGUUGUCGAAGCUGUCCUUCCGAUCCCCCGAGAAGCGCUACACGCAACACAUGGUCAUGGUCUUUGAAAGCGCCGAGGAUAUGGACGACUGGAUGACCAGUCUACGAGCCAUGAUUGAGCAGCUCGGCGGCAGAAGGAAACUCUCCGAGGUUGGACUGCCCCAAGAGACGGAGGUCAAGGACUUCGAGAUCAAGGAGUCCGGAUCCAAGGAGGACAUGGCUUCCCUCUAUCUUCGCGAAAAGAAGAGCAAGGGGUCGAUCAUCGACAGAGACGCCAUCCGAUCGGGACGGGGCGCCCUCACAAGCCCUACACCCAUGCUUCAACAAGAACACGGGCGGAGAGCUUGUGAUUACUCGAUACCCGUCAUCGACUUCGACUCCAUAGGCCAAGACCUGACCGGCGACGACAAGUCAACAACAAACAGUGUCGCCUCUCACGACGGUCGUCAGCUAGACAACCUCCGCGACAGCGCUCAUAGGCUGUCGCUCUUGUCGUCUGGCCAGCGAACAAUUCUUACAUCGACCACAUCUUCACCUGCUGAUUCCCCCAUACGCGAAAGAUUUCCUCUGACGCUCGACAUCCCCACCAUCCCGGAGACCGCCCAACCUAGACCCAACGCGGGCGUCAUCAUGAGUCGCCGUGUUUCUCUGCAGGCUAUGGGGCCGUUCGUGGAAGAGGUGGGUGACGGCACGGGGGAACCUGGCCAGGUCGCCUCCCAGCCCUGGGUCAACACUGCGACACCGUCUCCCUCUGAGCCCCGUGGCCCGCGCCGCUUCAUCCUCCCUCCGCUGCAACAGACGGGCCAUCGAUUCUUAUACGGCAAGGCUGCCUCUGCCCAGGAUUCGGGGGGACGUCCUCAGUCACCGGUCACUGUAGCUCCUCGCACCUCGCUGCGCAGGCUUGCCAACAUUCGCACAGGAAGGCCCCUGUCCACAGUGGAAGACCAGCCAUCCCCGAAGGACAACAUGAUGCCGGAAAGGCCAGUGACAAGUCAUAUUGGCGAGCUUCGAUCGCAAGCAUCGUCGACACAAGCCCCCGACGUGCCCAAGCUUCCUCGUGGGCGACUCAUGUCUGUACCAAAUGUUCCUCAGAUGUUCGGAAAGCUGCCAACGGGCGCACGGCGUCUGAGCCUGAUGCCCAAGAGGGAAACUCGAGUUGCCAGCCCAGGCCCCGGCACUCUUCCUAAGCUUCAAACCGAUAGAACACAGGAAUACCACCCUCAACGUCUCCCCAGCUUUGCCAGCUUCCAAAGGCAGCAAGACGUGCCAAGUCAAUCUGUGUUUGAAGAUGAUAGUCCGUUGGCGUCACCAACGUCUGAGCGGUCGUACGCUACUAUGCCAGCUCCCCUCGCAGCUUCUUGGGCGGAGAAAAUUAAGAGGCAUCGAAACUCGAGAGAGAUUGACGGCGAAACCAUGCGAAGCUUUUCCUUGGGGUUCUCGUGGAGUAACAAGCCCAAACGAGCCAGCAUCGCGUCUGCCUAUUCCGAAUGGUCGACUAUUGGGGAACUAAGGCCAAUCGAUACCAUUGCAGAGACGCUUCCACAGCUUUCGCCGCCGCCAACCGGGCCACUGCCGCCCACCCCUACGCGGCCCUCGUCUUCUGCCAGUAACCAUGGCCAUACCAUGGUUCGCAAGAAGAGCAUACCAAUGAUGGCGAUGCCUCCUCCGGCACCACCACCUACAUGUGCCCUGCCACCUAUCCCACAGAAGCCAACUGCUCGGGUAUGA